AUGGCCAAUGAAAAGCAGUCUCUCGUUGUCCUUGGAGCAGGUGUACUUGGGCUAACGAUUGCGUACCUCGCUGCCUUGGACAGCGAUGUCUCGUUUAAUAUCACGGUCAUCGCUAGGGAACUACCUGAAGACAUGGAUUCUCAAGCUUGGGCUAGUCCAUACGCUGGCGCUAAUUGGUCUCCAAUGGAACUUGGAGGCAGAGAUAAACGAGUGAAGAAGUGGGAGGAGAAGACUUUUAACAAGUUAUGGGACAUGAUCCCAACAGGGUUGGUUAAGCGUUUACCUACGAGGUUUUAUACUGCGCAAGGGCAAGACAUUUCAGACUUGUGGUGGAAAGACCUUGUGCAAAAUAUCAGGAUGCUUGCACCCUCUGAUGUCCCUGAGCCAUUUAAAGCUGGAGUCGCAUUCGACACGGUUUCAGUUAAUCCAGUCGAAUAUCUUCCGUGGCUCCAAUCCGAGCUGAUCUCCCGCGGAGUUACCUUUGAACGCAGAUAUGUGAGGAAAUUGGACGAGUUGAAGAGCCUGGUGGGGACUGAUGGUAUUCUGGUGAACGCGUCUUCGCUUGGUUCGAGAUCAAUUAUCGGAGUGGAAGACACAACACUAUACCCCAUUCGCGGACAAACGAUCCUCGUACAUGCGCCAGGUCUGCAGGAGUGUUUGAUUGUCGAGUUAGAGACUGGCUCGGAGGAGCCUACAUACAUCAUUCCCCGUCCUGGAAAAGGUCAACCCGACACCGCAAUCCUCGGUGGGACAUUCCAGCCCAGGAACUGGGACACCUCUUUAGAUAUGCAGACUGCGAGAGGAAUAUUUGAUCGCUGUGCCGCAUUGGCUCCUUGUUUGCGGAGUGCCGAAUCGACAAUCCUAAAACAUAACGUUGGUUUAAGACCUGGAAGAGAAGAAGGACCGCGAGUCGAGCUCGAGCGAAUCGCGCUGCCCUUGCACAGCACGUAUGACCUUAUUUUGCGGAAUGGGGGUCCCACAAGUGAACGUGAUCAUGAACAAUCCAUACUCGUUAUACAUGCCUAUGGUUUUGGACCGGCAGGUUUCCAGAGGUCCUGGGGUGCAGCCGAAGAAGUACUGGAAUUGAUGAAAGCUCAAGUUUCUUUGAAACAUAACAUCUAG